GGAUUACUGUCACACAAUGCUACCUCACUAUCAAUCAACACAAUCCCUCCCACCUAUUCAUCUCGAAAAAGUAAACCUCAUCUGCACAAAAUGACAACUCACACCACGACCGUCACACAAACCGAAGCACCCCCCUCCUUCUUCGACUCGGCCACAUACAUCCCUCCGGAUGCUAUCUUCGCCCUCACCGCAGAAUACAACACCGACACAUCGCCUAACAAAGUAAAUCUCGGUCAGGGAACCUACCGCGACGAAAACGGCCAACCAUGGGUCCUCCCAUCCGUCCAAAAGAGUCGCGAGAUACUUCUCACCCAGGGUCUUAAUCACGAGUAUCUCCCCAUCUUAGGACUCCAAUCCUUCCGUGACAAUGCCACUCUCAUGGCCUUAGGACCAGACCUUUAUGAAAAGGUGCAAUCCAGACUAUCAACCUGCCAAGCCCUCUCCGGCACCGGCUCCCUGCACACAGCCGGCCUCCUCCUCCGCAGCUGCCACUCCCCACCCCCAAAAAUCUACAUCCCCAGUCCCACCUGGUCCAACCACCACCAAGUCUUCUCCUCUCUCGGCUUCCCCUGCGAAUCAUUCACCUACUACGAUUCCUCCCACAAAGACCUCAACAUCGAAAGCUACAUCUCCGCUCUGAAAACCGCCACCCCCGGCUCCGUAGUCAUCCUGCACGCCUGCGCACAUAACCCGACCGGCUGCGAUCCAACUAAACAGCAAUGGAUACAGCUCGGCCAGAUCAUCAAAGAAAGGGGUUUAUUCCCGCUAUUCGAUGCAGCGUAUCUAGGUUUCAAUUCGGGAAAUGUGGACGAUGAUGCCUUUGCGAUUCGGUAUUUUGUCGGCGAGUUGGGGUUGGAGGUUGCGGUUUGUUUGUCGUUUGCGAAGAAUAUGGGACUUUAUGGUGAGCGAACGGGAUGUCUUUUCCUCGUUACCCGCAGCAAAGAAACAGCGGUGAAUGCUCAAUCAACUCUUGAAAUGCUUCAACGUUCGGAAGUCUCGAAUCCGCCGGCUUAUGGGGCGAAGAUUGCGGCUACGAUACUUUCCAGUCGGGAGUUGAAGGAUCUUUGGUAUAAGGAUCUGGAGACGAUGAGUGGGAGGAUAAGGGCGAUGCGGGUGGCGUUGUAUAAUUCUUUGAAUGAUUAUGGCGCCCCCGGAAACUGGGACCAUCUUGUCCGGCAAUCUGGGAUGUUUGGGUUCUUGGGCCUUGAACCGGAUGUGGUUUUGAAACUCAAGGAGGAAUAUCAUAUUUACAUGGCAGGAAACUCCCGCGUAUCUAUUGCAGGCCUCAAUGAGACAAAUGUAGAGUAUGUGGCUCGGUCGAUUGCGGAGUGUUUGAAGGGUUAUUAG